GAUGAAUCAGCUUGCUUGCAAUACAACAAUCUUGGACUAACAACAGAACAAUCAUCUUGAGAGGAUAUACUAAGAAUGUAUAUAUCAUGUACGCUACAUACUAGUCAGACGGCCAGUUGAUCACUAGCACUACUUCUUUUGCAGAUAUGAAGCUUAGGCAAAGGCAUCCAUGGUUACUCUGAGCUUACUUAGCUUGGCUAUGGCUAAACCCAUCCAUCUGCUGUUGCUAGCACUCGCCAUACUUGUUCCCCUGAUCGUGUCAGGUGCGCAAACAAACAUCACUUCGGGGGCCUCCCUACAGGCCGCCGCCGGCGCGGCCUGGCCCUCCCCAUCUGGCCGCUUCGCCUUCGGCUUCUACGCCACGGACGGCGGCCUCGCCGCCGGCGUCUGGCUCGCCACCGCGCCGAACGUAACGGUCACGUGGACGGCGAACCGCAACGACACGCCGGCCACAGGCGGCGCGCUCCGGAUCACGUACGACGGCCGCCUGCUCUGGACCGGUGCCAACGGCCAGGACAGGAGCCUAGCCGUGCCGCCCCAGCCGGCCGUCGCGGCGGCCAUGCGCGACGACGGCAGCUUCGUGCUUUACGGCGCCAACGGGACGGUGGUGUGGUCCACGUUUGCGGCCCCGACGGACACCCUGCUCGCCGGGCAGGACCUCGCACCCGGCGCGCAGCUGUUCUCGAGCGUCUCGGGGACGAACAGGGCCACAGGGAAGUACCGGCUGGCCAACCAGCUCAACGACGGCAACGUCGUGAUGUACCCGGUGGCCACGGAGAACGUGGCGGCCGCGGCGUACUGGGACACCGGAACAUUCCAGAUCGGCUUCCCCCUCACCUUGCGCCUCGUUGCCAGCGGCGUGCUCUACCUCGUGGGCAACAAUGGCAACUACACCAAGAACUUGACACAGCCCGGAGCUGCACAAUUGCCCGGAGAGCAAGUCUUCUACCGAGUCACGCUCGAUCCCGACGGAGUUCUGCGGUUGUAUCGCCACGUCGUCGCGUCCAACGGCGCGUGGAAGACCGACGUCCAGUGGAUCGGACCGAGCGACCGGUGCCAUGUCAAGGGCGCGUGCGGGCUCAACAGCUACUGCGUCCUGGAUCGCGACGCGCAGCCCAGCUGCUUGUGCCCGCCGGGGUUCGACUUCAUCGACGCCAGCAACGCAGCGCUCGGGUGCACGGAGAACUCGGGAGCCGGCGACUGCGCGGCCGCAGGUGGUUCCGCCAUGGCGGCGAUGCAGAACGUGUCAUGGGCGGACACGCCAUACGGGGUGCUGGGUGCGGGCACGAGCGCAGCCGACUGCCAGGCCACGUGCAUGGCAGACUGCCUCUGCGCCGCCGUGCUGCUGAACAGCAACGACGGCACGUGCACCAAGCAGCAGCUUCCGCUCCGGUACGGCAUCUCGGGCGGUGGGUACACGCUGUUCGUCAAGACCGGGGGAGAGACGAACCCGGCGCUCGGUGGCAGGGGCCACCGCGUCGGGCGCGCGACCACCAUCGCGUUGGUCUGCAUCGGGCUCCUGACGUGCGUGUCGUUAGCCGCGUUCCUGGUGGUAGCUCGGCUGGUCUGGACGAACCGGAGGAUCGUGAGGCACCUGGUACUCGCGGACGCGGUCGCCGAGGCCCUGGACGAGGAGGCGCCCCUGAGGUCGUACAGUUACCAGGAGCUGGAGCACGCAACGUUCAGCUUCCGGGAGCCGCUGGGCCGCGGUUCGUUCGGCACAGUGUUCAGGGGGACGCUGCACAACGGCGAGAAGGCCAUCGCCGUGAAGCGGCUGGAGAAGCUGGUGGAGGAGGGCGAGCGUGAAUUCCAGCGGGAGGUCCGCGCCAUCGGGCGGACGAGCCACCGCAACCUGGUCCGGCUGCUGGGCUUCUGCCACGAGGGCGCGAACCGGCUCCUGGUGUACGAGUACAUGAGCAACGGUUCCCUCGCCGACCUCCUCUUCAAGAGCUCGUCCUACCCGGCGUGGGGCGAGCGCGUGGGCAUCGCGCUGGACGUGGCGCGCGGGCUGCACUACCUCCACGACGAGCUGGACAGCCGCGUGAUCCACUGCGACGUGAAGCCGCAGAACAUCCUGAUGGACGCGUCCGGCAGGGCCAAGAUCGCCGACUUCGGGCUCGCCAAGCUACUCCUCCCGGAUCAGACCCGCACGUUCACCGGAGUGCGCGGCACGCGCGGGUACUUGGCCCCCGAGUGGUACCGCGGCACCGGGCCGGUGACGGUGAAGGCGGAUGUGUACAGCUACGGCGUGGUGCUGCUGGAGAUCGUGACGUGCAGGCGGAGCAUGGAGCUGGAGGAAGCCGGCGAGGAGCGGACGCUGAUGGAGUGGGCGUACGAGUGGCUGGUGAGGGGGGAGGUGAAGGGGGUGAUGAGCAGCGACGAGGCGGUGGAGGCGGCGGACGUGGAGAGGGUGGUCAAGGUGGCGGUGUGGUGCGCGCAGGGGGAGGCGCAGGCGAGGCCGUCCAUGAAGAGCGUCAUCUUGAUGCUGGAAGGGCACUUGGACGUGCCGUUUCCUCCGCCCCCAGCCUCUUCUUGAAUUGAAUCUUUCCUGGAAUAUCUUGGCUAGAUUUGAACAGACUGAGAUGUUUAUGUUGUUUGAUUCGACGGAUAAUUUUUUGAGCAA